GUAACUUUGCUUUCGAUUUGAGGAAAUGAAAUAAGCGAGUCUGUAAUUUCCAGUGCCCUCAAUUGGGAGAUCCAGAAGAACGUUCAUUGUCCUCACCAGUGAUGGAAAAACUAGAUGCUGAUAUGUCAGUUUGGAACAGCUAUGGAACUCGUGGUGCUUUGGGUGCUCUUCUUGUUGCCGUAGCUAUACCCAUUCUUCUCUCCACUAUGCUCUUGGGAAAGAAAAAAGUGAAACAAAGAGGAAUACCCGUACAGGUUGGUGGUGAGGCUGGUUAUGCCAUACGCAACAGUAGAUCGCGCGAAUUGGUUGAAAUUCCUUGGAAGGGUGCCACAACCAUGGCAGCUCUGUUUGAGCAAUCUUGCAAGAAACAUGCACAACAAAGAUUUCUUGGGACGAGGAAACUCAUUAGCAAGGAGAUUGUCACAGCUGGCGAUGGUAGGAAGUUCGAGAAAGUACAUUUGGGAGAUUAUGAAUGGAUCACUUAUCGAGAGGCUCUUGAUCGUGCUUGCAACUUUGCGUCUGGACUGGUCAGAUUGGGUCAUAAUGUGGAUAGCCGUGCAGCCAUAUUUGCAGAUACUCGAGCAGAAUGGUUCAUUGCCUUUCAGGGGUUCUUUCGGCAGGAUAUUACCGUUGUCACCAUCUAUGCUUCCCUAGGUGAGGAUGCGCUAGUCCAUUCUCUCAAUGAGACUCAAGUUUCAACCCUGGUCUGCGAUUUCAAACAGUUGAAGAAGUUGGCUGCCAUAAGUUCAAAAUUAACGACAAUUCAGAAUGUCAUUUAUUUUGAUGAUGAUGAACCAGAGAAUGGUUCUAAAUUGUGUGGAAGCAUUAGCAAUUGGAUUGUGAAAUCAUUUUCUGAGAUUGAGAAACUUGGCAAAGAAAGGCCUUCCCCUCCUAGCCUACCAUCUAAAAAUGGGGUUGCAGUCAUAAUGUACACAAGCGGAAGUACUGGUCUGCCUAAGGGUGUCAUGAUUACUCAUGGCAACAUCGUGGCUACUGCUGCAGCAGUUACAACUGUGGUCCCAAAAUUGGGUAGCGAUGAUGUUUAUCUGGCAUACUUGCCCCUAGCCCAUGUUUUUGAAUUGGCAGCUGAGUCUGUGAUGUUGGUUGCAGGUGUUGCCAUCGGUUAUGGGUCAACAUUAACUUUAACAGACACAUCUAGCAAAAUUAAGAAGGGUACAAAAGGAGAUGCUUCUGUGUUGAAGCCGACUCUCAUGGCUGCAGUUCCUGCCAUCCUAGAUCGCGUUCGAGAUGGGGUUCUGAAAAAGGUUGAAGAGAAAGGGGGUUUAGCUAAAAAUCUAUUCGACAUUGGAUAUAAGCGUCGACUAGCUGCUGUAGAAGGAAGCUGGUUUGGAGCUUGGGGAUUGGAAAGCAUGUUGUGGGAUCUCAUAGUUUUUAAGAAGAUUCGCACGGUACUAGGGGGUCAUAUCCGAUUUAUGCUUUGUGGUGGAGCUCCUUUAUCUGGUGAUACGCAGCGGUUUAUCAACAUCUGCAUGGGGGCUCCUAUUGGCCAAGGUUAUGGCUUGACAGAAACCUGUGCUGGGGCUGCAUUUAGUGAGUGGGAUGACAAUAGUGUGGGCCGUGUUGGCCCACCAUUGCCGUGUAGCUAUAUCAAGCUUGUUUCUUGGGAAGAAGGUGGGUAUAAAAUAUCAGACAAACCAAUGCCUCAAGGAGAAGUAGUAGUUGGUGGGACCAGCAUUACUGCUGGUUACUUUAACAAUGAGGAAAAAACCAAGGAGGUGUAUCAGGCAGACGAGACAGGCAUGCGUUGGUUCUACACUGGCGACAUCGGACGGUUUCAUCCUGAUGGCUGCCUUGAAAUUAUUGACCGGAAGAAAGAUAUUGUUAAGCUUCAACAUGGGGAGUACAUAUCUCUUGGAAAGGUUGAAGCUGCAUUGAUCUCAAGCAGUUACAUAGAUAGCAUCAUGGUAUAUGCAGAUCCAUUCCACAACUAUUGUGUUGCUCUAGUCGUUCCCGCACAUCAGGUGCUGGAGAAAUGGGCCAAGGAAGCAGGCAUUAAUUACAGUGAUUAUGUCGAGCUGUGCGACAGAACUGAGGCAGUGGCCGAGAUUAAGAGAUCACUUUCCGAGGUAGCAAAGGCAGCAAAACUAGACAAGUUUGAACUUCCUGCAAAAAUCAAAUUGCUGCCAGAACCAUGGACACCAGAAUCAGGAUUAGUCACUGCUGCGCUCAAAAUAAAGAGAGAACAGCUAAAGGCCAGGUUCAAAGACGAGCUCCAAAAGAUGUACGAGUAAUAUGUGCGAAGACUUAGAUGCUUACUCGCUUGCCAUAUCGUUUUACCGCCGCAGAGGUCUAUAUCAUUUAGCUCCUAAUUCCAUGAAUUGCUGUUUUCCC